AUGUCCUCCGAAAAGACAAUCGUUUUUAUCACAGGUGCCAACACAGGUAUAGGCUAUCAAACUGUUCGAUACCUUCUAUCUUCUCAUCUGCCUUACCUUGUUUUCCUCGGAACUCGAUCGGAAGAAAAAUCCAAGACCGCCAUUGAGAAGCUACUUGAAGAAUGUCCCAAUACCAGAUCAACUCUGGCACCUGCUUUAAUCGAUCUGGAAAGUGACGAGUCGAUCGAAAAGGCCGUCAAGGCUGUCAGGAGCGUCACCGACAAGAUCGAUGUCUUGAUCCACAAUGCUGGUGUCGAGUUAUAUGCCAAUGGUCUAACGCAAGGUCUGACUACUCGAGAGAUAUUCGACAAGACAUAUACUACCAACAUAGCUGGACCUCAUAUCCUUACCACCUUACUCAUUCCUUUGCUUCUUCGAUCCGAUAAUCCUCGAUUACUAUUUCUAACUUCUGGUACAGCAUCAUUCGAGCUCGGCACUAACCCAGAAUUCAUUCUGAACAAAUCCCCCGCGGCUGGAUGGCCCAAGCCCCCUCAAAGGGAAUUGUUUUCCUACAAAUCAUCGAAGGUCGCACUGAAUAUGAUCAUGCGGGAUUGGUAUAGGAUCUUGAAAGAGGAUAAAGUAAAAGUAUGGACGGUCAACCCAGGCUUAGUAGUUACAGGUCUAGGAGGUGAUACAGAGAUAUUGAAGGAGUUAGGUGCAGGAAAUCCAGCUGGUAGCGGACAAUUUGUGGUGAAUGUCAUUGAGGGUGAGAGGGAUGAAGAUGUAGGCAAGACUGUACAGAGACAAUGGCUGUACGGCGAAAUCCUGCCUUUCUAA